UAUUGCCACAGCCAUAUUCAUCCUCUUCACAACGGAACGGAUCACAAAUCUUGACAUACACGCCUUGUAUUCGAAACAAGUAUGGCUUUCAAACCUAAGAUUCCUAUAGCUCUCUUACUCCUGACGUCUCUCCUGGCUAUAUGCGCUGGUUUAGCUCUAGCCAUGCAAGACCCGGAGCUGAAACAAUGCAAGCACCAGUGCAGGCACCAAAGACAAUUCGAUGAACAAGAGAAGGAACAGUGUCAGCGAAGUUGUGACGAGUAUCACAGAGAGAAAAAAGCUCAGGAGAGAGCAGAGAGGAGGAGAUCAGAGGAGGGAAGCAGUAGAGAAGAAAGAUAUGAAGAAGAGGAGUUGGGCGGGGAGCAUGAGGAGGAAAAUCCUUAUGUUUUUGAAGAUGAGGAUUUUGAAACCAGAGUUAGAACUGAUGAAGGCAGAAUUCAGGUCCUGGAGAAAUUCACGAAGAGAUCGAAACUUCUCCGCGGCAUUGAGAAUUUUCGUGUGGCGAUUCUUGAAGCGAAUCCUCACACCUUCAUUUCCCCGGCCCAUUUUGAUGCUGAACUUGUUCUCUUUGUUGCUAAAGGGCGAGCAACAAUUACAACAGUUAGGGAGGAGAAGAGAGAGAACUUCAACGUGGAACAGGGAGAUAUCAUGAGGAUUCCAGCCGGAACACCUGUUUAUUUGAUCAAUAGGGAUGAGAAUGAGAAGCUUUAUAUUGUCAAAAUCCUCCGACCCGUCUCUGUUCCUGGCCAUUUCGAGGCAUUCCAUGCGUCAGGUGGCGAAGACGCAGAAUCAUUUUACCGGGGAUUCAGCUGGGAGGUUCUUGAAGCUGCUCUCAAGACACGAAGGGAUCAGUUGGAGAAGCUCUUCGGGAAACAGACUCAAGGAGUCAUCAUCAAGGCAUCCAAAGAACAAAUCCGGUCUAUGAGCCAACAUGAGGAAACUCCCCCUCGAAUAUGGCCUUUUGGAGGCGACUCAACCCAUCCUUUCAAUCUUUUCCACAAACGUCCCUCUCAAUCGAACCAGUUUGGGCGUCUCUACGAAACCGAUCCUAACGAAUGCAAGCAGCUACAAGACCUCGACCUCAUGGUCUCCUUCGCUAAUAUAACCAAAGGAUCUAUGGCUGGUCCCUACUACAACUCAAGGGCAACAAAAAUCUCUGUGGUAGUUGAAGGUGAAGGGUACUUUGAAAUGGCGUGCCCGCAUCUCUCAUCCUCCGGAUCAAGAGGGCAACGAGAGGGCAGUGGAAGCUCUCGGCGAAGGAGUAGGAGUGGCCCAACUUAUCAGCAGAUUAGAGGACGCUUGAGACCUGGAAUGGUGUUUGUAGCCCCUGCAGGCCAUCCAGUUGCUGUCAUUGCUUCACGGAAUAAGAAUCUGCAGGUGCUUUGCUUUGAGGUCAAUGCUCAAGGAAACAUUAGGUUCCCUCUCGCAGGGAAAAAUAACAUUGUGAAUGAGUUUGAGAGGGAGGCGAAGGAGUUGGCCUUUAACUUCCCUGCAAGAGAGGUGGAAAAGAUCUUCAGGAACCAGGAUCAGGAGUUCUUCUUCCCGGGGCCAAGCAGACAACCAGAGGAAGGCGAUCGUGCGUUUGAAUGAGCUGCAUGGGUCGAGGAGGAAGAGGCUUUACAGAGGGGUUUUGAGAGCAGUUUCGUGGUUUUGUUAAGCAUAUGUAUGAUAAUGUGUGCGUUAAGGUACUGAAAAACUGGAGUGUGUGUAUGUGCAUGGAAUGAUGUAAACUAUGUUCUCGAGUACUAACCUUAAAUAAAAGAGACCAAAUAAAACUCGUAUAGA